AUGCCUUGGGUUGCACUUCCAUACUAGGACUAUAAAGUAAAGAAGUUAAAGUAUGUGUUUAAUGUGACUGAAUUACCAAAGCUUGUAUUUCUAAGAGUCAAGGAUGGCUCUGUUGCUUCAGAUGAUGGAAAAGACUUAGUUUUAAGGUUAGGAAAAGAAGCUGUGCACUAUUUGAAGUUCCAUUAAUACCACUCCAAUACACUGACUAAUGACAACCAUGUGGUAGAGGAAUAACUCAAGAAAGACUAAAUGAGACAGGAUGUGCUAGAUCAUUUCUAUGAUUAUGAAGGCUACGAGUUUAAUGCUCCACCAACUGACUUUGAUAAUAGGCCAGUAAUAGGCUUAAAGUCAGACUUGGAGUUUCAUUUGAGGCAGUGA